GAACAGCGGCCAAGUCCGGGUCCCGGCCCCACGGGGGCAGCCGCAGCCCCGCGCCCUACUGCGCCGCCCGACGCCGCCUGCUUCUACACCGGGGCGGUGCUGAGGCACCCUGGCUCCCUGGCCUCUUUCAGCACCUGCGGAGGUGGCCUGAUGGGAUUUAUACAGCUCAAUGAGGACUUCAUAUUUAUUGAGCCACUCAAUGAUACAGUGGCAAUAACGGGUCACCCACACCGUGUAUAUAGGCAGAAAAGGUCCGUGGAGGAAAAAGUCACAGAGAAGUCAGCUCUUCACAGUCAUUACUGUGGUAUCAUUUCAGAUAAAGGAAGAUCUAGGUCUAAAAAAAUAACAGAAAGUGGAAGAGGGAAACGAUAUUCAUACAAAUUACCUCAAGAAUACAACAUAGAGACUGUAGUGGUUGCAGACCCAGCAAUGGUUUCCUAUCAUGGAGCAGAUGCAGCCAGGAGAUUCAUUCUAACCAUCUUAAAUAUGGUUUUUAACCUUUUCCAACACAAGAGUCUUGGUGUGCAGGUCAAUCUUCGUGUGAUAAAGCUUAUUCUGCUCCAUGAAACUCCAGUAGAUCUAUAUAUUGGGCACCAUGGAGAGAAAAUGCUAGAGAGUUUUUGUAAGUGGCAACAUGAAGAAUUUGGCAAAAAGAAUGAUAUACAUUUAGAGAUGUCAACAAGCUGGGGAGAAGACGUGACUUCAGUGGAUGCAGCUAUACUUAUAACAAGGAAAGAUUUCUGUGUACACAAAGAUGAACCAUGUGAUACUGUUGGUAUAGCUUACUUGAAUGGAAUGUGUAGUGAAAAGAGAAAAUGUAUUAUUGCUGAAGACAAUGGCCUGAAUCUUGCAUUUACAAUUGCUCAUGAAAUGGGUCACAACAUGGGCAUUAAUCAUGACAAUGACCACCCAUCAUGUGCUGAUGGUCUUCAUAUCAUGUCUGGUGAAUGGAUUAAAGGACAAAAUCUUGGUGAUGUUUCAUGGUCUCGAUGUAGCAAGGAAGAUUUGGAAAGAUUUCUCAGGUCAAAGGCCAGUAACUGCUUGCUACAGACAAAUCCCCAGAGUGUCAAUUCUGUGAUGGUUCCUUCCAAGCUGCCAGGCAUGACAUACACUGCUGACGAGCAGUGUCAGAUUCUCUUUGGGCCAUUGGCUUCUUUUUGUCAAGAGAUGCAGCAUGUCAUUUGCACAGGACUAUGGUGCAAGGUAGAAGGUGAGAAAGAAUGCAGAACAAAACUAGAUCCGCCAAUGGAUGGAACUGAUUGUGACCCUGGUAAGUGGUGUAAGGCUGGAGAGUGUACCAGCAGGACCUCAGCGCCUGAACAUCUGGCCGGAGAGUGGAGCGUGUGGAGUCCCUGUAGCCGAACCUGCAGUUCUGGGAUCAGCGGUCGAGAGCGCAAAUGUCCUGGGCUAGGUUCUGAAGCAAGGGAUUGUAAUGGUCCCAGAAAACAAUACAGAAUAUGUGAGAAUCCACCUUGUCCUGCAGGUUUGCCUGGAUUCAGAGACUGGCAAUGUCAGGCCUAUAGUGUUAGAACUUCGUACCCAAAGCAUGUACUUCAGUGGCAAGCUAUUUUGGACGAAGAAAAACCGUGUGCCUUGUUUUGCUCUCCUGUUGGCAAAGAACAGCCUAUUCUUCUAUCAGAAAAAGUGAUGGAUGGAACUUCUUGUGGGCAUCAGGGACUAGACAUCUGUGCAAAUGGCAGGUGCCAGAAAGUUGGCUGUGAUGGUUUAUUAGGGUCUCUUGCAAGGGAAGAUCAUUGUGGUGUAUGCAAUGGCAAUGGAAAAUCAUGCAAAAUCAUUAAAGGGGAUUUUAAUCACACCAGAGGAGCAGGUUACAUAGAAGUGCUGGUGAUACCUGCUGGAGCAAGAAGAAUCAGAGUUGUGGAGGAAAAGCCAGCACAUAGUUAUUUAGCUCUCCGAGAUGCUGGCAAACAAUCUAUUAAUAGUGAUUGGAAGAUUGAACAUUCUGGCGCAUUCAAUUUAGCUGGAACUACUGUCCAUUAUGUAAGACGAGGCCUCUGGGAGAAGAUCUCUGCCAAAGGUCCUACUACAGCACCUUUACAUCUUCUGGUGCUCCUGUUUCAAGAUCAGAAUUAUGGUCUUCACUAUGAAUACAUUAUCCCAUCAGACCCUCUUCCAGAGAAUCAGAGCUCUAAAGCACCUGACCCCCUGUUCAUGUGGACACACACAGGCUGGGAAGAUUGCGAUGCCACGUGUGGAGGAGGUGAAAGAUUUUUAAAUAUUCUUCUUUACAAAAGAGCAGUUAUUUUUGAUUAA